AAUGUUGCCAAGGAUGUGUCCAAAAUCAAGUUGAUUUAUGAGAAAUCUAUUGGCUUCAUGAAAACAUCCAUACUAACUGAUGUGAUGUUUCUUUAUCAACCAUCGCAAGUUUCCUUGGCAGCAUUUCGGAUGGCCGCCAAGCAAGAUAAGUUUGAUUUUAAUAAGUAUGAAAAAGUUGAAUCUCUCUAUAAGAUUCUAGAUGAAAUUGAAGAAAUUAUUAGAAAUCAUGGAUUGACUUCCUUUGAGCAGGCGAAGUUAAUUGACGCUCGCUUGCUCAGAUGUAAAAACCCCGAGAAGAACCCCAACAGUGCAAUGAAGAGGAAUCUCGCUAAAGAAGAAAUAGAGGAUGCCGAGCGUCGUAAAAAGAAAAAACUCGCGGAGGAAUAUCAAAAAGAUGUUUCGUCCGUGUUCGAUUAG